CACGGCCGCACCGGAUGCCUCUCUCUCUCUCUCUCUCUCUCUCUGUAAGACCCUUGAAAAACCCUACUGUUGUUCCGCCAUUUUCUCCAGAGGCUUCCACGAAGAAGCAAGGAAUAUCGUCGCCGAUCAGCUCGAUUAUGUCAGAGCAAUCUAGGCUGGGGAAGAUCAGUGUCUCGAACCCGAAGGUGUGGAUCGUGAUCGGCGUAGGCGUCGCCGGCGUUCUGAUUCUCGCGGAGGCCAGGCGUCGGAGACUAAGAGCCAAGAGGAAAGACGGCGGCGUUUUCAUUGAACUCUUCGAGCUUCUUCCCUUCCCUCAGCCGCCGCCUCCCGCAGCUCGGCAGCCUCUAUGCGGCCUAACAUUUGCCGUCAAAGACAUUUUCGAUGUGAAAGAUUAUGUCACGGGGCUCGGGAACCCGGACUGGAAGAGGACCCACGAAGCCGCUGAGAAAACCUCGGUGGCGGUAACGGCUCUGUUGAAUAAUGGGGCUACUUGCGUCGGCAAGACUGUCAUGGAUGACUUUGGUUUGGGGAUAACCGGAGUGAACGUGCAUUAUGGAACCCCGAUUAACCCACAAAUGCCGUCCCACCUCCCUGGGGGCUCGUCUAGUGGGUCAGCUGUGGCUGUUGCAUCUGGACUUGUUGACUUCGCUCUUGGUACUGAUACCAUUGGAGGUGUGAGGGCUCCGGCUUCAUUUUGUGGCAUCCUUGGAUUCCGGCCAUCCCAUGGUGUUGUACCUACAGUUGGGGUUAUUCCAAAUUCACAGAGUCUAGACACUGUUGGAUGGUUUGCCCGUGAUCCAUCUAUUUUACAUCGUGUUGCGCAAAUUCUACUUAAUUUGAACCAACUGGAACCUAGAAGGAUAAGACGCAUUAUUAUAGCUGAUGAUCUGUUCCAGCUUUCGAAGGUUCCCAAGCAGAAAACUAUACGUGUUGUCGGCAGAGUAACUGGGAAGUUAUCUGGUUACCAACUGCCCAAACAUUUGAAUUUUGGUCAUUAUAUUGCUUCAAAUGUGCCUAGCCUAAAAGCUUUCCAUGAAGAUUCUACAAACCCACAGAAUGGAAUAUCUACUUUAAAAGCUCUCUCUUCCGUGAUGCUUUUACUUCAGAGAUACGAAUUCAAAACAAAUCAUGAAGAAUGGAUUAAAUCGACAAAACCCAGAUUAGGACCUGAUGUAUCUGAUCGUGUCUAUGCAGCGAUCAACAGCACACAAGAGAACAUUAAAAGUUUGUAUAAAGUCAGAACUGAAAUGCGAGCUGCUGUGCGGAAUCUCUUGAAGGAUGAUGGAAUAUUGGCAAUGCCCACCGUUGCUGAUCCUCCAUUAAAGCUUAACUCAAAGAAAGGUCUCUCUGCUGAGUUCCACGACAGAGCAUUUGCUUUACUGAGCAUAGCAAGCAUGUCUGGUUGCUGUCAGGUUACCAUUCCAUUAGGCAAGCAUGAUGAUUGUCCAAUCUCUGUCUCUUUGGCAGCAUUCCAUGGGGCUGAUAAAUUUCUUCUUGAUACUGUUUUGGAUAUGUACUCAUCUCUUCAAGAACAAGCUAGCCUUGCGUCUGAUUCUUCACCAUUGCCAGAUAUGAAUGGCGACAUGGAUGCUUCUGAACUGUUGAAAGAAAAGGGCAAUGCUGCAUAUAAGGGGAGACAGUGGAAUAAGGCUGUGAAAUAUUAUAGUGAAGCUAUAAAGUUGAAUGAGAUUAAUGCAACUUACUAUUGCAACCGAGCAGCUGCUUAUUUAGAAUUAGCAUGCUUUCAAGAAGCAGAGGAGGACUGCUGUAAGGCAAUAUCACUUGAUAAGAAGAAUGUGAAGGCAUAUCUGAGACGAGGAACAGCUAGAGAAUCACUUCUGUUUUAUAAGGAGGCUCUUCAAGAUUUCAAGCAUGCUCUUGUCCUAGAACCUCAUAACAGAGUUGCUAGUCUAGCUGAAAAGAGGCUAAGGAAACUAGUAAGUUGAAUCCCCCCUCCCCCCCUUCUCCGGAAGCCGAGAGAAAAACAAGGAACAAAAAGAAAUAUGUAAACUUCUAGAAUGAUCGAAAGGAAAAUGGAGAGAUGCAACAGCUCCAUGGUCUUGGAAGAUGGCAUAGGAAGGACAAGUUUUACUUGUGUGAGAUGCCCUGUGAAUUGAAUUGUACAUGUGGAGGGAACAGAGGAAGAAAUCAAGACUGUUUGAAGGCCGGCGCUGCAAUAUUUUCCUUUUUUACUUUCAAAAUUCUGCUUCCAUUUUCUGUGCAUAUCUUGUUUUGUAAUGGAUCUUUCAUAGUACUGUAGACAGUCAUUCAAACCCCUAAACCUUACAACCUUAGAGUGCACAGGAUGCCGGAGGACCAAUCUUAAUUUGAAUGAUUAUUACUCUGGGGCCAUUUUUGGUACCACGGAACCAUAAAGCUGGUGCAUGAACAUGAAAUAUCCAAUGUUGGAAUGGCAUUGAGUUGGAUUAAACA